UACUUAUCCAUCGCAGCUGCGCCCUACUCGCCUAGCCCCCCGUGGUGCCACAUUCCAAUUUGUGUUCGCUUUUGUGACCCGAAUAAUAUCUGUUUCUGAGUUGGCUGUGUCCUCCUCCUCCUAAAGAAAAAAAGUUGGCGAUUGGUAAAUCUUUGGUUGAGGAGGCAUUGUUUUCUCGGCGACUGAGAUGGACAGCCAUAAUUCAUCACAGCCCCAUGUUCCUGAAGUAAUCAUGGACAUGUCAUCCGCUUCUGGAGCAGCUGGGAACAAAAUUUGCAGGGGUGCUGCUUGUGACUUUUCUGACGCCAGUAACACCUCGAAAGAUUUAAAGGAGAGGUCUGCAUCCAUGAAGAAGCUCCUAAUUGCUGUGAUCCUUUGUGUUAUAUUCAUGGCGGUUGAAGUGGUUGGAGGCAUCAAAGCAAACAGUCUUGCAAUCUUGACUGAUGCUGCCCAUCUCCUUUCGGAUGUUGCAGCCUUUGCCAUAUCUUUGUUCUCCCUAUGGGCAGCUGGUUGGGAAGCAACACCUCAGCAGUCAUAUGGAUUUUUCCGUAUAGAGAUUCUUGGGGCAUUGGUCUCCAUUCAGCUUAUAUGGCUCCUUGCUGGCAUACUUGUCUACGAAGCUAUUAUGAGGCUCAUUAAUGAAAGUGGUGAGGUACAGGGCUCCCUCAUGUUUGCUGUAUCAGCUUUUGGUUUGUUUGUUAACAUCAUAAUGGCAGUGUUGCUUGGUCAUGACCAUGGUCAUGGUGGACAUGGGCAUAGCCAUGGACAUUCACAUGACCAUGAUCAUGGUGACUCAGAGGAUCAUGGAGAUCAUGAGCAGGGCCAUGUACAUCACCAUGAGCACAGCCAUGGUACUACUAUUACCGUUACAACUAAUCAUCAUUCUCAUUCGAGCACUGGACAACAUCAGGAUGUGGAGGAACCAUUGCUUAAACAUGAUGGUGAUUGUGAGAGUGCCCAGCCUGGAGCCAAGCCUCCUAAGAAGCCUCGCCGUAAUAUCAAUGUUCACAGUGCCUAUCUGCAUGUAAUUGGGGACUCCAUCCAGAGUGUCGGUGUAAUGAUUGGAGGGGCUCUCAUCUGGUACAAGCCCGAAUGGAAGAUUAUUGAUCUCAUAUGCACCCUCAUCUUCUCUGUGAUUGUACUGUUCACCACAAUCAAGAUGAUUCGGAACAUUCUUGAAGUCCUUAUGGAGAGCACCCCCCGUGAGAUCGAUGCCACCAGGCUUGAGAGUGGUCUCCGUGAGAUGGAAGGCGUGAUUGCCGUCCAUGAGCUGCACAUCUGGGCUAUCACCGUGGGGAAGGUGCUCUUGGCUUGCCAUGUGACGAUCACGCAGGAUGCGGAUGCUGAUAAAAUGCUUGACAAGGUGAUUGGUUACAUCAAGGCAGAGUAUAACAUCAGUCAUGUGACCAUUCAGAUUGAGCGUGAGUAAGGCACGUGUCAGGUUCAGAUUGAGCGUGAGUAAGGCAUGUGUCAGGUAGUUGGUGAUAUCAUCUUAAUGCGGUCAAUGUAUAUCAUCUUAAUGCGGUUGAUGUUAGCUUUGCACUUGCAAAGACGUUGCAGAUUCAUCUAGUUGUUACGUUUUGGUGCUGGAGAAAUAUUUUAUGUAGGCAUUCUUCGUUAGCCUAUUAGGUGACUGGACUAUUAAUCAGGUGGUGUAGUCAUUUGUAUUCACAUGGAUGCAAUUUUUGAGCCCCUUGUGAGUUUAUCAACCUGCAUGUGUAGUUUCAGCGGCACCACUUUAUGUAAAGAUGCUAUGGCAGUACUCCCUGUUUUUAUGUGUGAAUUUGCACCUUGUGCCA